AUGGAUCUUCCAGAAGUUGUAUUGGUAAACGUAUUGGCUCGAUUUCCUCUGAAGAGCAUCGCAAGAUUCAGAUUGAUAAGCAAAGAAUUGAAAUCUCUCAUCGAUUCAAAUUUCUUCCGAAAUUACUACAUCUCCUUCAACUCAUCUUCCUCUGUCUCAUGGUCAAUCAUCCAGACCAAACCCCACAAGCUGUCACUAGAAAUCGUUGGCCACCAUGGAUGCAAUACAUGGGGACUCACUCGUUCUCCUGGAUCUUACUUGAGUUUCUUCGUCGAGACAACAAUCUCAAAGCUUUUGGUCUUAGCUUGUACUGAUGGAUUGGUUCUGAUUUAUGCAGAAGAAGCUAGAGAUGGGUCUCCUUUGUAUUACAUUGGAAACCCUUUGUUUCAAGAAUGGGUUCGUAUCCCUCUCCCUUCUUUUCUUUCGUUGCAAGAACUCGAAAAGUUAAGGAAGAGUGAGAGAUUCACGGACACUGGUUUGGUUACGAAGAUGAAGAAUGGGAUUCUUGUGAGUUACAAGAUUGUUUGGAUGUUGAGACCUGAUGUUUCAUCAUCUAUGCUUGAUUUUAUGAUUUAUUCAUCUGAGACAGGGAUUUGGAAAACAGAGAAUGUUCCUUGUACUUGUCUUUGUCCCACUACAUGGUCUAGACAUGACAAGUCUAUUGCUUUGAAUGGGAUUCUUCAUUGGCUUUCUCAGGCUAGUACCGCUUCCGACGCCAGUUCUGUUGUAGCUUAUGAUUUCUAUGGAGGUCGUGAUGGUGAUGAGUGUUGUGUCAUUCGUUUCCCCGCUAAAGAUGAUGAGCUACGGCGUUUCAGGAGAACGUUCACGACCUCGGAAGGGUCGAUUGUGUAUUUCAACGAGUUUCAUGACAACGGAAACCACACGUUUCGGGUUUGGAAGCUGGUUAAUUACAUAAAUGGUCCUGAGGCGGCGUGGCAACUCUCUUGGGAAAUCAACUUGGAGUCUGUGAUGAAGUUAGGUACUGAUUAUUUUCCUGUUGUGAUGCACCCUUUGAAGUCUGAGAUCAUCUACUUGUGGAGCAGGACCAAGAAAGGACUGGUAUUGUUUAACUUGCGUACACAUGUGUUUAGUCUUCACAAGGAAACCGCGUAUGAUAAUGAGUGUGUGGAUGGUUGCAUCUUGAGUUUUAACAGUUGCAGGGUGUAUAUGGAGGAGAUCUAUAUCCAAAUGCACCAAGCUCUUCCUAACCAUCUCUUCUUUUCGCAGUAUGUUCUCCCUCGUUGGUUCUACCGUCUCCCUCGCCCUCUGUCUACUUAG